CUAUCUCCUUCGUUCAAAAGUAACAUGGAGGUUGUGCCGUGAAAUUAGUAGCGAAGUAUAUUUUUCUUUGUUUACGUGUCGAAUCCGUCGAGCUCGUAAAAAGCGUACGAGAUUUAGGAUAAUAUUUUUGGUGAUUUAUGGAUAUUAGUCAGAGAAAACUGUAUACAGAGUCGUUGUUAUUAAGCAAGCGUUGAAAUGAAUAACGGUGAGAUCGGUGCGCCAAGAGGCAGAGGCCGCGGAUGGCAUCAACCCGAUAAUCAGCCACGGGAGCUCCGCAGACCGAAGAUUGUUGCUGAGGAAAACAAAGUGCCAGAACCUCCCAAAUCAAAUCUGUCGGCCGAUGCCAAGGAAUGGUAUCCACCUAACUACACCCCUCAUGCAGUACCAGCGUAUGCUCCAGAUCCUGCACCAUAUAGACCUCACCGGUCUUCUGUGCAAGAUCGCCUUCGUCAAGCUCAAGAUCAAAACCCUUAUAGCUUAGAAGAAAUGUCGUAUUCGCUUGAUGAAGCCGAAAAUAUGGACUUAAGGUCCGCCGUUCCGCAGGAGAACAUAGCCAACUUGAUAACAGUGAUGUGUGAGAUAACAUUUGAUCCUGGUAAAUUCGAUACCUUAUGUGGCCCAUUGGUUGAUGCAUUUGCAACAACCCUGCAUGAUGUGAGCUACACCCGGCCACUAGUUGAGGCUAUUGUCAAUCAGUCAAUAGCAGAGCCUAACUUCCGCUACAACGGCGCGCGACUCUGUUCGAUGUACGACUCCGUCUCGCCGCCCGAGGAGUCCACCUUCCGCGCGUGCUUGCUCGAGCGCUGCUCCACUGAGGAGAACAAGAUCAUCAGCGGCCUCGAGACCUCGGAGGAAAAUAUGCGCGGGUUCGCCAUGUUCCUCGCCGAGAUAUACACCCAACUCGAGGAUAGCCAGCGAGGAAGAAUCAAGACUCUAGGUGAAAGCUUGUGCAAAGUGUUGCUUCAUCUGCUCGACACCGACAAGGAGGUUAACAUCAAGGCAGUCUGCCAACUGCUUAAGUUGUCGGGCAUAGCGCUGGACGCGGACUGUCCGUCGGGCAUGCACGCGGCGUUCGAGCGGCUGAAGCGGCGCGCGUCGCUGGCGUGCGUGCGCGGCGUGGUGGCGCUGCGGGCCGCGCGCUGGGGCACCGCCGAGCCCGAGCCCGUCGCGCCGCCGCCUGAACUGCGCCGCCGAUACAAUUAUGGCGCUGUGAACGGUGAAGUGGAGAGCGGUCCGAGCGACGGCGGGUACCUGGCGGACGGGCACACGCUGACGGCGGAGGAGCGCGCCUUCCUGCAGAGCAACCUGCCGCCCGGCAAGAACGUCGCGCUCGAUGAGGAUAUACUCGAGGAGCUUGAGAACGACGCGUGGGACACCGGCAUGGAUGCUGAAAUGCAGGCCGGAUUCUUGGAGUUCCUCAAGAUGUCUAAUCAAAUCAAACGAUAACCGCACGUUGCGACUUGCCCCUCCCCUCGCGGGGCACAGACCAAACUGCGUCUACUAUGCUAGGACAAUGGUGAAAAACUAUAAAAAAAAUAUAAAAUAUAUAAAAGUAUAAAAAAGAUUUAAUGGGAGCGAUCAACCUCGUAGCCAUCCUAUCAACGAUUUAUAUAUGAGUUUGAUGUAAGACCGGCGCGUAUCACAGCAUGGCAGCACUGCGCCCCUCCACCAGCAGUGCCAGAAUACGCCGACUGUUAACUAAAGCAUCUUACUAACAGUUUUCCACCUUACCUACUACUUAAAGGACAACAACAACUUUACUUUUAGGUGCUCCAUCGUAGUGAUUAAGUAUCAGGAUAUAUACCGACUUAAAGCUUUUUUUUUAAUUUUAGAUUUCAUAUGCCUUUUAUGUAUGACCAAACUAGAAUAUUUUCAGUAAAAAAGUCUUAUAAUUUUUAUUUAGUGUGAUGUUUAAUCUUUUGGUCUGUUGUUCCGGAGGGUCUUAUUUGUGUUUACGUAUGAGCAACAUUCAAUGUUUAUAAUUAUUAAUGGAUUAUAUUACGUCAUAAAUUGCCCAGUUAUAAUGUACUUUCAUGUUAUACGUAAACACAUUCGACUUAAACACGUGGACUAAAUGUAAACAAGUGUAGGUCACUAAGUAUUUUAUUUAAAGUAAAAAAGUACUGUUGUUUUCUUAUAUUGUUAAGCUGCUAAUAUAUUUUAUGUAUACUAGUUCCCACCACUAAAUUUGACGGCCAUAUGUUAGAGCCAUUUUCUUGUUUACAUUUCGUCUAUUUUAUCUAAUGUUUAGUGAUCUCAUAAUUUCUCCAUUAUGUUUUUCUAUUUCAUGUUAUAGAAAAAACAUUGCAUUAAUUUUGGGGUUUCUUCACAUUUCCUCAAAAGAAACAGAAAAUGUUGAAAUAAACCUAAGUGAAAUAAAUAAACCUUCGGUAUGCAAAAAUAAGGCUAAUUACUUCCAUUCCAUUGUUAACAAUGCCCACUGGAGAAAAAUGUUACAUAAUAAUAUUGCAUAAGUUAGAAGGCUGAAAUUUUUUUUAUUUACUUAAAUGACGUUUUGUCCAUUUUACUGAUGAAUUAAUUAUUAUAAUGUGCAUGUAAUUAUUAUUUGUUUUCCUGCUUUUGGUGGGUGGGAUACAGUUAAUAAAACAAUCAAGAUUCAUUUUAAUUGCGUAAUACAGUUUUGGCACAAAUCUCUUUAGUUUAGUGCAUAAAUUCACUGUUCAAAUGCUUAUCUCACUUCAUUGUUUGCAUUUUAAACAUCAUUGCAUCAUUUUGCUCAUUUAAUGAAAUAAACUGAUCUAAAUAAAGUACAUACCUAGAUUACUAUUUUAAGAGCAUGUAAAAUGUUCUGUCGAAACUUCCAAUUGCAUUUCCUCAUAACUUUAAAUGGUUUGUCGAUGUCGAGUAGAACAAUAUGUUUUGCCAAAUUCGUUACACUUGUGUCGUGUGUUGUUGUAAUAAUAUUUGCCUAUUUGAAGUGAGUGAGACGGUGUGAUAGUUGCCUUGUGUGUGUAAUGGAUUUAGCCCAAUGACCUAAUUGCUGAUCGAUAGACUACAGUGAUCUAUAGCGAUUUAAAAAUCCACAUAGCAAUAAAUAAGCUACCUGCUAAACUAGGCCAUUUGUGCUGAUUAUUGAAGUAAUAUAAUCUUUUCGAAUAUAUUUAUGGAAUACAACAUUUAUUUAUUUGAAGCAAUUAGGAAAAUGUUUAUAAUAUUCCAUUGUAUUUUUGUUGCAGUGAUAUUAUGAAUGUUAUAAGAAUAAAUGGAUAUUUUAAUAAAAGUCAUUUAAAUAAA